AUGUCGAGCCAACCACCACACCCUGCCCUGCUCAUCCCAGGUCCCAUCGAGUUCGAUGACCAGGUUCUGCAGUCAAUGAGCCACUUCAGCGAGUCCCAUGUUGGCGCACCCUUUGUCAAGACAUUCGGCGAGACCUUGACCAUGCUCCGCAAGCUCUUCCAGACCCAAGAUCCCGCAUCCCAGCCCUUUGUCAUCUCUGGUUCUGGUACCCUUGGAUGGGACCAGGUCGCUGCCAACCUUGCUGAGCCUGGUGAUGAUGUCCUGGUCCUGCAUACCGGCUACUUUGCCGACAGCUUCGCCGAUUGUUUCGAGACCUACGGCGUCAAGGCGACCCAGCUCAAGGCUCCCAUUGGAGAGCGUCCUCAACUGGACGAGGUCGAGAAGGCCCUGAAGGAGAAGAAAUACAAGCUCAUCACUGUCACCCACGUCGACACAUCGACUGGUGUUCUCAGUGAGAUUGAGGCCCUCAGCAAGCUCGUCCACAAGGUCAGCCCCGACACGCUGGUCGUUGUCGAUGGUGUCUGCAGUGUCGGCUGUGAGGAGAUCCAAUUCGACAACUGGGGAAUCGAUUGUGUGAUUACCGCCUCGCAAAAGGCCAUUGGAUGUCCAGCUGGUCUGAGCAUCGUCAUGGCUUCUGGUCGUGCCAUCAAGUCUUUCCAGAGCCGCAAGGUUCCUCCUACCUCUUACUUUGGCUCGUGGAAGAAUUGGAUGCCUAUCAUGCAAAACUAUGAAGCUGGCAAGCCCUCAUACUUUGCUACUCCCUCGCCUCAGCUCGUCCACGCUCUGCACACCACCCUCACCCAAAUCACCUCCGUCCCCUUGGCCGACCGCUUCGCCGCCCACCGCAAAGCCUCCCAAAAAGUCAAGAAGGCCAUCACUGACCUCGGCCUCAAGCAACUAGCCUCCAAGCCCGAGAACCAAGCCAACGGCAUGACCGCCAUCUACCUUCCCAAGGGCAUGACUCCUCCCGAUGUUUUGCCUAAGCUUAUGCAACGUGGUGUUGUGUUUGCCGGCGGUCUGCACAAGCAGAUCGCCACUCAGUACAUCCGCUUUGGUCACAUGGGUGUGAGUGUUACUGAUCCUAACCGUGAUGACAUUGAUCGUGCUAUCACCGCUCUCAAGGAGGGUAUCACCGAGGCACAGGCUGCUAUGGAUAUGUCUUCUAGAUAA